AAAGCGCCUUCUAAUUGUCAUUCAAAUUGUAUUUUCAAACCUUCAUCCAUUCAUUCUUAAUGGCACCGAAGGCGGAGAAAAAGCCGGCAGAGAAGAAGCCGGUGACGGCGGAGAAGAAGAUCUCGAAGGAAGGCGGGCCCAGUGCCGAUGGUAAGAAGAAGAAAAAGAUCAAGAAGAGCAGCGAAACAUACAAAAUCUAUAUAUUCAAGGUUCUGAAGCAGGUGCAUCCAGACAUUGGAAUUUCCGGUAAGGCCAUGGGAAUCAUGAACAGUUUCAUCAAUGACAUUUUUGAGAAGCUCGCAAUGGAAUCGUCGCGAUUGGCUCGCUACAACAAGAAACCUACGAUCACCUCUCGUGAGAUCCAGACUGCUGUAAGGCUUGUUUUACCGGGCGAGUUGGCGAAACAUGCGGUUUCUGAAGGUACCAAAGCUGUUACGAAAUUUACAAGUUCUUAGAAUAACAUUAAUGUUUCUCUCUAUGUUGUUGAUUGGAGAAAUUAUAGAGCUUAGUUGAUCUGUUUUUUAUUUCAUUUUUUGAAUUGAUCUGUAAGAAAUUAGGUUUAUUUAUGGAUCUCACACAGGCAGCAAGAAGUGCAAUCAAUUCCAAGCAUUAUGCAGAAAUUAAUCAUAUGACAAUUGACUUCAUAUUCAAUACAACUUACUG